GUUUUUAGCGAAAAGAUCAUCAAACUUACUUGCAUUGAGCGUCUCUUUUUUUUGCAGACUACUCUCGUGAGGAACUCACAUGAUGUACACGUAAAAAGAGUGAGGCGAAAAAGGUUCUGAAACCUCCGCACGAGGCAUGAUCUGAGAGCAUCAUUAGACGGUGUUUGGUGUUUUCUUGUAGAACAAAAAUGAGUGCAGACCUCCCAGAUGUGCUUCGCCCUCCGCAACAUCAAGGCACAGAGGCCACAGCGCGCCAAGUAAUUCGAGUCCUUUGUUUGCACCCGAAGAACAGCAACAGUGUCUUGUUCAAACAAGAAUUGGAGGUCGUGCGCACGACGGUUGAAAAAAACACUUUACAUCAAGCGUUUGUUUUUGAGUGGGUGUUCCUUGACGCGCCAAACCUGCUUGCUCCCCACAAGGACCCCGAGGGACGGGUGUGGUGGCAGCUCGCAGACGGUGCCAGGUCGUUCACCGCGGAGGCCUACUUUGGAGAUGACAAGUCCUUGGACGUUGUAGAGAGUACCAUAAAGAACGUCGACCUCCGGCCGAAAAACUACUCCGCCGAGGGUCAAGAGCAUGGUGAAGGCCACGACGCACCUACAGCUACCGGUAUCCUAGGUUUCAGCCAGGGCGCCAUGAUGGGAGCCAUCGCGGCGGCGCGCAAUCCGGACCAGAUAAGAUUCGCGGUACUUUUUGGCGCCGCGGUGCCAAAGCCGUACGAAAAAGUUCUCGAAGAUUUCGGAAAAAACAGCAGUACUGCCCGCCCGGAUGUUCUUUCGGUGCUCAGCCGGGAGGAUUCCGUGAAUCCCCCUGACAUGGGGAAAUGGGUCGGCGACUGUCUGAACCCGGAAUCUGCGACGGUCUUGUGGCAUGGCGAAGGCCACCAGAUUCCAAAAGACCCGGAAAAACUCGAGGAAAUCGCAGGUUGGAUCGCAAAUCGUGUUGUCAUUGUUGGUACAGAAGCACCAGGAAAAGCAGAAGCAACAUCGUCUAGAUUUUUGGGUCUCGU